GCCUGCGGGUGGGAACCGAGUUACUGUGGUUGCGUGGUUGUCUUUACAGUAAUUCUCCCACUCCAACACCGACUCCACCCAGCUGCUCCCGGCGCGGUCUGCGGACACACCGAGACUAAUAAGGAGCUUUUUUCUGGUCUGGCUUUACUUUCCCUUUUCCUUUGCUUAUUAUUAAUAUUUUUUUCUUAUUUAUCAUCCUUGGCAUCAUGUUUGCUCACUGCAUGCAGUGGCACUAACUGUCUUUUACUCGGCACCGAGGGAAGGGACGCGCUUCCAGACCCUACUGAGAAACGCUCAGACACUCGGGACCAACAUGACUUUUACUCUGGAGUUUUUUGUCUUCUUAAUAUGGACCGGAAUGACAGCGGUAUUCCGCUGUAACGCAGAUCGCCUUCCUCCACCGACAAUGCCACAAUAUAAAUGGCUUGAUCCGUUCAUUGUGAACCUGUCUUGGUCCUGGGAGAGGCCUAGUGGUUUGCCACACAGCUGUCAAAUCCAAUUCGAAGCCCAGCCGCAGGACUCACCAACACAAAGUCUGAAGCGCGUUCAAAUGAAACAUUUCACAGACAUCUUUCUCACAGAGGAAGCGCAUUCUGAUCACUGGACAUACAACAUUCAUGCCGUUAUCACAAAUCCCUGUGACGGCUGGAAUGACAGCAUAUCUGUGCCUAUAACCAUUCAUACCCGCCAGCCACGAGCUGAAGUGGUGAAGGACUUCAGAUGUUUACUUGACCCCAGUGGAAUGAACUGUUCCUGGAUCCCAGUAAAUCAGUCCCUUAACAUGUCAUUCUCAUAUAGGGUCUAUGGGCGUUCUGAGGAACUUAUAAAAGGUUUAAAAAGGUGCGCUCACCCUUACAGCAGUGGAGCGAGGAAUGGCUAUUACCUGAAAAUUGAGCCAAAUAAGACAAUCUGCAUUUCUGUGUGCACUGAAGCAGGAUGUGGUACCUUUACACCUCUGCUCGCGGUACCUUCACCAAAGCUGAGCAUCAACCAAGAGGGAGGUCACCUCUACCUGAACUGGACACCUCCGGAGGUCGGAGGAGGUUGUGACUGGAUAUAUGAGUUCUGCUUCACACAAUGCAACGAGCAUAGAGAAUGCCAGAAUGUCACUGUAGCGAGGGGAGAGAUGCAUGCGACUCGUGUGCACUACAAUGAACGCUGCCUUUACAAGUUCCAGUCCAGAGUCUUCACCAGUAAAUAUUGCCCAGCGAUAUCCAGUGACUUCAGUGAAGUUGUGACUUACGGUGUCAAUGUGCCUCCUGACAUGACAGGGACAGUGGUCGCCAUUGUCAUCCCUAUUGUUCUAUCUGUCUGCCUCAUCCUGUCUUGCUACUGCUUCAGGAGGCACAGGUCCAUUAUUUGCCCCAUCAUACCAGACCCUUCAGCAAUAUUCAAAGAACUUGUGAUAAAUGGAAACAAGGAACAUAAGAACACAACAGGAAGACUGUACAUACCAGGGCCAGAAGCCAUUGACCCCUGCAAAAUUAUCCUUGUGAAGGAAAACGGUGACCCUCAGCAAACCUCCUGACCUGUGCAUGUACAAAGCAGUUCCUGCAGUGCAGCUGGAUUUCCACUCUCACUGAACAAAUGAGGACCAUUUAGAGAAUAACAACAAGCUUGGAUUUACUGACCUGUUGUGGUUGAAAGUUUUUUGUCAGUUGCAUGUCUGCCAGAUGUGGCCAGGGGUGUGCUCUGCUGCGCCUGUGCUGUAGUGACUUGAGCACACCGAGGCUGGCAAAAACAUGAUUUUCAGCUGUUAUAAAGUUAACAUGGUGCCAUUGUGCAGUUGCCGAGGUGUGUCACAGACAGGACAAGGAGAUGUACCGAAUCCUUGGAGACACCUUAAAGGCACUGCCCAGCUGUGGACGGGGAAAUGCAAACAGAACAAGAUAUCCUCCUACUGAGAGCAAAUGAGGAAGAUGAAGAUGAGAAUGAGGGUGGCGUGCAUGCUUGCUACGAUAAGAGUGGCGUACCAUAAGUUGGCAUGGUCCUGCCAGUAAGAGGUACAAAUAGCAGAGAUCACAAUGGAAGAAAGAUUGGGAAAGCAGGAAGAAAAAGAAGAGAUUACUGCUUUGCCACAGCUUGAGUCAUCUUUAUAGUAAAGGUGAACAAAUGCCAUUGUGACUGCCUUCAUAUCAGCUAGAAGUUGGCAGGAAGCAAUAACCUAGUGGUGAUGUGAUCCCAAGAAUGUACAGGAAGCCAAGAGCUACUGUGAUUCUCCUGACCUCCACAAACAUAUUAACCCAGUUUAGUCAAGGCAUGUGCACAGACUGUCUUAUAAGAAACUGAGGGGGUAUGUACAUGACAGAUAGCACAGGACCAGUGUUGUGAUAGUGCUGGGAAUCCUUACAUCACAUCCAAAACAGGAUUAAAAAAGACUUUAUUCUGUGAAAUUUAACAAAGAGGGAUGGCAACAGUGGAAUUCCUAAUAUCUUAUCUUGGAACAGACAUCUUCAUUUUCACUUUAUGUCCUCUGUCAAUCUGUUAUUAGUGCAUGUCAAAAGGAAUGGCACUUUGUUGUCAGUCAUAGAUAUAAAGUCACCUAAACUGUUUAUAUUAUACAUCAAUGAUAUAUGUAAGGUUUCUGAAACUGUUAAAAUGGUU